AUGCAGUUCUUCGCCCUGGACAUUUCACUUGAAAGUGCGGACUACCUGAAUACUCCCGCGCGUUUUAUUCAAUUUUUCUCUCUGCUUCGUUCAGAACUUGCCGUUUUUUCAAAACUGUAAGUUUGGAGGAAUCGUUGGCGAAUGUCAAAACUUCCCUAGGCAACGGUAGAGUAAAGGAUCCCAAUAAACUCUUGGUGGGUUGUGGGCCAAGACAUAUGGGGCUUUAUCAUGGCAUCUAUUUGCAGACCGUUGCAAAUAAUAUAUUGCCAACAACAAUUACUUCCCACGAACUCAAACCAUUACUCAAACUCUGUUAUUUUUUGAAAUUUGCUUCUCGUUUAUUUUUUUUUAAUCAACGCGCUCAUUUUCGUUGCCAUGCGAAAGGCUACGAAAUGAUUUUCGGCAGAAAUCUAACCAAUUUCCGCGUCUUCUUGCAUUUCGUCAAUUUACUGUCUGGCCUGCUGACCCACCCGUAAAACCCACAUUACCACCAUUCCCGUAUGACAGGAUCCACAGUCCCCCGAUGGUUAAGGGGGUCCCUCACCCUACCGUUGUCCUUUCCUACUUUAGAUAAUACAAAUCCAAAAUUCCAUUGUGCAGUUGGCCGUUCAUAUAUAAUUGUCCGUGGUUCAGCAUUUAAAUCAGCGUUAACUUUACAAUAAUAGUGCCCUCUGGGAAAUAAACACUAAAAUUACUACCAUUAAUAAUGCGUACAUGAAGCCUGGUUCCGCUAGGAGAGCGAGGGGGGUCAUCCCACAUGGGACGCUCACAGGUAAACAUUCCGACUGGACCAGCUGUCUUGGCAUGGGCUUGCUAAUGGAGCGUCGUGCUGCGAGGGUCUGCGUCACAAAUAUCUCAGGUCACUUUCGGUAUUUGUCGCUUCGUCAGUUUGGCUGCCGUUCGCCCUAGGGGUUUGGCACAACACCGGUGACUUAUACAGCGCUCGCCGCGCGUUCUCCCUCUCCCCCCACCCACCCAACCACCUGCCUCCGACGGUAGGGCAAUACCAGACAACCCGAGGUGAAUUCGGUCGCAGCGGCAAACAAAACCAAUCAACUCUACGCGUGCCACGCACCGGCCUGGUCCCAGUUACAUGUGUCAGGCCAUCGUGAGGGCGGCUCGAGUCACACAUGAGUGACAAGGCCACAGGGACCAUAGUGAGAGGAGGCCAUUGCAGCCUGAAUCCCAAUCCUGAGUAAGACCGAGUUAUCCCUUCAGUCGGCAACCUUCCUAGCCACGACUCUUAGCGCGUUGUGAUAAAUCCCAACUCGUCAGAAUCGGGGGACGUGCCGGGCGAUGUGUUCCGCAGUGUCAGUCGCGCUCAUUCUUCCCUCUCCCAUGAGCCGACCAACUGUCCGAACCUGCCAGCCGGCUGGUGGUGUGAAUGGGGACAGUAACUGAGGCGGUUUUAAACCUACACCUAAGGCGUGCCACCCGAAUGUACGACAGUAUUUACGGACGCAGAUGAACUCUGUGCAGCCUGAUAAACACGUGCAGUGAGACAGCCCAACCCCUUUUGGCCCGGCGCAUGGGCGGCGCAGCCCGUUUUGGGAACCAAACUCUUACUUCCCACCGCCUUAGCAACAACAGCUACUAAAACGCCUGACCGCUGUCGUAAAAACACCACUCUCUCCCUCUCUGCCGCCCAUACAGCAUCCACAUGCCAGUUAAGAGGACCAACGUCCCUUUACUUGUCAACGAAGCUAGAACCUCACCUUGACUGUUUGAAAACCUGUAAAAACAUCAGGAGUUAACAUUUGAGAGUAUUCGACUAGCACAAUCCCUACCAGUGUACAGGAGAGCGUCUUAGUCCAAAAAUGUAGACUCACGAUUUUUAUGGUCCCUGCUAGCUCCAAAGACACUGGGAAAUUCGUAACCAGUCAUAAUGGACUUACAGCCACCACAACUUCGACCAUCAUGCAUAUUAUUCUGUCAAGAAGUUCGUAUGCUUCCAAGAUUCCAGUUGUAUCUAUAACAUCACAGAUAGCAAACAGGGCCUAUAGCUGUUUGAUCACUUUGAAAUGAACUCGAAUCGAGGGGUAGCCGGUUGGACACGCAAAUCUGGGUCACCUGUAUUACAGGUGGGCUUACUUUGAACUCCAGACUGAAUGAACCCUAGGGCUACUGUUAGCGUUGGGGCUGGAAUUCGAGUUACGAGUGUUAACGCUAGGUCCAAGGUUGUAGAUGUUAGUGUUAGGGUUAAGGAUGGAAGGUCAGGUUUACUGUUAGAGCUAUUGAGUGAGUUAGAACACGACAAUAAUUAACGUUGUGCAAUUUAAUACGAGAUAACCUGCAGUACGGGGGUCCAUUUUUCCCUGUGUGACCGGAGAAACAAUUCGUUUAAUUAAAAUUCAACUCUUCAUCUGUGCGGUUGGCCGAAUCGACGAUAAUAUUGCUAGUAACAAUGGACGCAAUAGGGGAAGAGCGGAGAGGACAGCGGGGGAGAUGGAGGAGGAGGAGGAGGAAGAGGCGGAGGAGGAGGAGGAGGAGGAGGAGGAGGAGGAGGAGGAGGAGCUGGAGGAGCAGGAGCAGGAGGAUAGGAAUGAAUUUUGGAGGGACGAUCUCUAG